AUGUUUGAAAUAAUUACUGAAAAGUGCAAUGAAUUUGGUUUAAUUUUUAAACCAAAUUUAUUUGUAGCAGAUUUUGAGCAAGCAAUCCAUAAUGCAAUCAAUGAAAUGUUUCCUUUAAGUAAAAUAAUAGGUUGUAGAUUCCACUUAUCACAAUCAUGGUAUCGUAAAAUACAAAAUUUAGGACUUUCAACUGAUUACAAAUCUGAAAAUGAAAUUGGAAAAUGGCUUCGUAAUAUAUUUGGUUUAAGUUUUUUAAAUGCAGUUGAAGUUGGCGAUUCUUAUACAGAAGAUUUUAUGUCAACUAUCCCAGAAAAUCAAGCAGUUCAAGAUUUUAGUGACUAUUUAGUUGAUAAUUAUAUUUCUGACGAAGGACUUUUUCCGCCUCAUAUUUGGGCUUCAGAUACGAUUUCUAGUCAAAGAACUACUAAUGCAUGCGAGUCUUUCCACGCGAAGUUCAAUAAAUCAUUUUCAUCGCCACAUCCAAAUAUAUUUGUUUUCAUUGAUGUUUUAACUCAAUUACAAAUCGAUACCUACAUUUUAAUGCAGAAUACUGACACAAGACCAUCAACGACACGGUAUCAGAAAAAAAUAAAUAAUAUUGAAAAAUAUAUUGACUUAUAUACUCAAAAGCGUAUUAUCAGGCUAGAAUUUUUGAAUACAGUUAGUCAUUACUACAAAAAAUAA